GCGCAGACUCUUAUACAUAUCAAAAAUUAGAGAAACUUCCAGAAAAUCAAGAUGAUGAAUAUGACGAUUUACUUAAAACUGCUGAAAAAGAACUAUAUGAAUCUGAUUUUUAUUAUUAUUUGGUUCGUGUUUAUGCAAACAAAAAACUUGUUCCUGAUAAUAAUCAAACAACAACAACUCAAGAGA